GUUUCUCCCUCUUCGUUGUGAGAGCUCUCGCCUUUUAAAGUGGACAGUCCCGCUGCUGUGUUGUUGUUUGUUUUCACCGUGUUUGUUAGACUUCGCCACGGCGUUUUUGUGGUCUCAUCACAACUCUUCUCCCGAGCCUGUCUGCUUUUGGAUCGUGUCAGCCCAGUGGCAGAAGAAGAAGGAGCAGCAGCAGCAGCAGGCUAGGCUAGGCUAGGCCGGAAUCCACAAACACUUAUGGACUUUGAAAAACAAAGCUAAACCCGUCGCCAGAAUCGCGUGUGAAUGGAGCAGUGUGCGAGUACGGCCUCCCUGCUGGCCUCGGUGCGGGAGCAGGAGAGGCAGUUUGAGAUGCUGAGCCGAGCUUUGGAGGAGGAGCGGAGGUCGUGUGCCGGCACCUUGCCCCGCCCCCUCCCCAACAUGCAGAACGGCCGCGCUCCUUGUGAUGCAGACAUAGAGAGGUUGACACUGAACGAGGGUUACAUUAACGGGACACAUCACUUCAGGAUGGAGCCUGGCCGGGUGAUGCAGGAGUCAUACACAGUGGAGGAGGACCCCCAGCUCUCACUACCUGUAGUCUCCAUGGAGACCAACGAAGAUGGGAGCACGCGGCGCACAGAAACCACGGUUAAGAAAGUAGUAAAGACGACCACCACUCGCACAGUCAUCCCCUCUGUGUCAGACACACUUUCUAUGGACGGUGGAGGUUCUGUGACGGGUAUGGGAGGCUACACUACACCCAUGGACCCACGGGUCUACAGACAGGUCCCUGGAGGUGGCACACCCAUGGACCACCCCACUUACACAGUGCCCCGCAACUACCACUAUGGACCUCCAGGGGGCUACGACGAGUAUCACGGUACACCGCCCAACUACACAAGCCUUAGCAGGGGAGCCCAUAUGGAUGAUCGCUACAGACCGGUGCACCAGGACGGCUACAGAACUUUGGACCCAAACUACAGAGCCCCCAGCAGGAACCAGCUGGACCCCUACGCUGCUCAGCCACAGGUUGGGAGGAUGGGAAGUGCUAUGGAGCUGUCCUCCAUUCCCAGGUUUGUUGCAGAGCCGUACGGUCUGGAGGACGACCAGCGCAGCAUGGGCUACGAUGAGCCUGACUACGGCAUGGGUCACCCAGUGCACUACGGCACUGUGCCCCGCAGCCACCAUGCUUUCCCUCAUGGCCCCCCUCGCCGAACUGCGAGUUAUGAAGGAACCUUGGAUGCCGACAUGAGCGGCCCAGGGGACAUGUACUAUUGGGGUGGAGGAGCACCGCUGGCCCAAGGUGAAAAGGGGAGCAUGGCGUCGUUGGACAGCACUCUCAGGAAAGGUCCCGGCCCCAGCGGCUGGCGUCAGCCAGAGCUGCCCGAGGUCAUCGCCAUGCUCAGUUACAGGCUGGACCCCGUCAAGAGCAACGCAGCUGCAUACCUGCAGCAUCUCACCUAUAAGAAUGAUAAAGUAAAAGCUGACGUACGUCGUCUGAAAGGAAUUCCAUCGCUGGUUUCGUUGCUUGACAACCCCAACAGAGAGGUUCAUUAUGCAGCCUGUGGGGCUCUAAAGAACAUCUCAUAUGGCAAAGAACCAGACAAUAAGAUUGCUAUCAAGAACUGUGAUGGAGUGCCGGCUCUGAUCAGGCUGCUGAGGAAGACCCGCAACCUGGACCUCACUGAAAUUAUCACAGGGACACUGUGGAACCUGUCGUCUCACGACUCUGUGAAAAUGGAGAUCGUGGACCACGCGCUGCACGCCUUGUCAGACGAGGUGAUGGUCCCCCACUCAGGCUGGGAGCGAGGCACCAACGGAGCAGGAGGAGGGGAGGAAACCUGCAAGCCAAGACAUCUUGAGUGGGAGAUGGCCCUCACCAACACAGCCGGCUGUCUGAGAAACGUGAGCUCGGAGCGAAUCGAGGCGAGGAGGAAGCUGAGGGAGUGCACAGGAUUGGUCGACUCGCUCAUGUACAUCGUCCAGUCCCAGAUUAACUGUAAAGAUGUGGACAACAAGUUGAUAGAGAACUGCGUGUGUCUGCUGAGGAACUUGUCCUAUCAGGUGCACCGUGAGAUCCCCGGCUUCGAGCGAUACCAGGAGGCUGUGACCGCCACCCAGGGCUCCGCCCAGUCCCGCCAGAAGGGCGGCUGCUUCAGUUCCCGCAAGAGCAAAGAUGAGUGGUUUUCCAAAGGAAGGAGAGAUGAGGAGGCAGAAAUGGAUAAAAUCGACAUUCCAGUGAGGGCCACACCGGCUAAAGGCUAUGAGCUGUUGUUCCAGCCAGAGGUGGUUCGCGUCUACAUCUCUCUUCUCAAAGAGUCCAAGAACCCCACCGUGCUAGAAGCUGCGGCUGGAGCCGUCCAGAACCUGUGCGCCGGACGCUGGACUUAUGGGUCAUACAUCCGUGGCAUGGUGCGCAAGGAGAAAGGUCUGCACAUGAUAACGGACCAUCUUGCCCACGGCAACGACAGAGUGGUCCGUGCCAUGUCCGGCGCCCUCCGCAACCUGGCUGUGGAUACACGCAACAGAGAACUACUAGGUAAACACGCGAUGCCUUACCUGGUGGCCGACCUGCCCAGUGGAGGUCACAGUCAGCCGGUGCGAGCGCUGUCAGAAGAGACGGUGGUGUCCAUACUGAGCACGCUCCAGGAGGUGCUGAUCUCCAGUGUGGACGCAGCCAAGAACCUCAGGGAAUCGCAAGGAAUUGAGAGACUGGUGCUCAUCAACAAGGACGGUCACCGUUCAGAGCGGGAGGUGCGUGGAGCCGGUCAGGUGCUGCAGACAGUGUGGGGCUACAAGGAGCUGCGUCGCACUUUGGAGAAGGAUGGUUGGAAGAAGACCGACUUCAUGGUCAACUUAAACCCUCCCACCGGCAGUAACAACAGGGCCAACGGAGGAUACGAUGACAGCACUGCACCGCUGUUAGACAAAGGUGGAAAAGGGGAACGGGAAAUGAUUCCAAUGAAUGACAUGGGACCAGAUGCCUACUCCACACUGGACCAGAGAGGGAGAAGGAACACUCUGGAUAACACACUCGAACCUGCUGACAAGGAUGCAGUACAGGGAGGGAUGUAUGGGGAGAGGCAGGCCUCCUUGCCUCUAAUGGAUUCUUAUGAUGAAAAACUAAUUGUGUGCAUCACAAGACGACAGCCUCCUCCCACCUACUGCCCUUGCUGAACUGACAAUGGGGGACCACUCCACUACCGAUGGGACUAAGACGCCAAGCUUUCACAUUCACUCUUCUUCCCUUUUCUCUCUUUCUCUCUGUUACAUUCCUCCAUUGCAGCUGACAAACUAAUGAAACCAAGCUGACGUGGACAACCGGAUGUGACACUAUGACCACUCAAUGCUCCGUCGUGUCCCUGUGCUCCAAAAACACUAACCACUCCAACGACACGCCGUGGCCUCGACACUACAUCUCCGUGCAACAACGCUGCAACUUUCUGGACAACACUAACACAGUGACCGCGAAUUUCUGGAGGUCGGAGCAUUGACUAAUUAAAAUAAUUCAUCUGUUGGGAUCAGAGCAGGACACCUGACAUUCUGUUUUGAAGAAAUAGUGGAAAUGUGUCUUUUUUUUUUUUCUUCUCUGAUGCUUAAACACUACAAGAAAAUGAUUUCCUACCACUGACAAUGUUUAUGAACCUAAUUAGAUAUAUGUAAAGCUUCUGCUUCAGUUUUGGUAGUGGUUGUUCUUCUGCUUUCUUUUCACCGCUCCAUUAGUUAUGUUCCUGUGCCAAAUGACACACUACUGCUGCGACUGCCAACGCUCAAUUGAACUCAAGAAACUUCAUUAUCAUCCAAAAAAAAAUAAUAAUAAUAAUAAUUGUCACCUGCUUUGUAUUUUGUAUGCAGUUUUUGUCAGUGGCAGCCCAUUGCCAAUGGAGCACAGGGGUUUCUGCAUUUUCUGUAUUUGAUUGUGAUGCAGAACUACCUGAUAUGGAUGUUUGCACAGACGGUUAUAAAGCAGAGAAACGAUUCCCCCCCUCUUUGGAAUAUACAGUCCAGGCUUUUGAAUCUGAUCCCCUUACUUUAGUAAAAUCCUUGGGAGAUAUCAUGAGAGUCAGUGGGUUCUUUUCCAUGUAUAUCUUAUGAAUGUGUACAUACAUACAAGACUGUACCAGUGGGCUUAACUGGAGUGCCUCGCUCAUUCAGGACAGGUGUCAUGGGUGUGUCCAGCGUGACCUGGUGAAAGCUGUGUGACUCGGGCAGUUUUCAAUUGUUUUGUUCUUAUCAUUCUUGGAUUUAUUUUAUUUUGAAAGACUUUUUUUAAAGUCAAAAUUUUUUCGAGUUCUGUGUUAUUUACUGCUUCACAAACCCAUAGCCUGACCGGUUGUUCUGUAGAAGAAUGUGUAGUGCCGAGUGAGAUGUAGACACUUACCAAGUGGACCAUUAAAAAAGAAGCACUACGGGGGUAUGAUGUGUGUUUUUUAUUUUUAUUUUUUUUUUUAUUUCUUUUUUAACUGUUCCUUUGUUUUCCAUACAUGACAGAGGGAGCCUAAUUUUCUCUCAAACGAGUUGCCUUUAAGAGUGGACUGACUGAAUGAGGAGAGGAGAGCAGCAGGAAGAUUUUUGCGUAAGGAGGCAUAGACCAGAUUUUGAUAUUAGGUAAAGUGGAGGAAAAAAUAAAAGCACAUUUAAACUAUAUAUACAAGAGAAUAUUUGUUAAUUUUAAUGGUUUUAUGUAUUUUUUUUUAUAUUGAUUUGGGUGCUCUGGGUGAAUGCAUAUGCAAUCAGUUUUUUUCUUAUGUUUUGAUUGUCUUAAUCAAAAGAAAACCAAGUUAGCUGAGCAAAAUAAUAACAAUAAAAAAUCCCUCAACAUCAGAUACUGGAACACUAAUGGAAAAGUCAGAUUGUGGAUUACACCUUAAUCUCUUUGCCUUGGCUCUUAAAGUUGCACAUUCGCAUUUAUGAAUGAAUUCUGUAACUAGCAAUAAUGUUUUUAAUAAAAAAGAAAAUGAUUUGUCAGA